AGCACAUCGAAAUUAGACUCUGUUAGGUGAAUACAGCUCUCGGGAAAAAUUAUAAAAAUAAAAAUAAAACCCCAAAAGCAUAGCCGAUAAUCGGGACAAUUGGGAUAGGCGAUAUGGCCAGUAUAACCUUCAAGAAUCGACCCACCCAGGUGUUGCACACCUACCAAGUGUGGCGCAUUGGCAGCAAUGUGGACGACAAGAGUCUGGACUUCUGUACCUCCGAUAAGUCGGUAAAGAAGUACCAUGCCAGCCUAACCCUAGGCGAGAAGGGAUUGUUCUUGGUCAACGAGAGUCGCGUUGGCAUUGUAUCCGUGAAUGGAAUGCGGGUUGGCGGUCCGGUUCAAAUCACCUGUCGGGAUGCCAUCAACGGCGUUGUGAAGCUGCGAUUUGGUAGAAUCGAGGGAUAUCUUCGGGUAUCGUGCCGGAUGACUGGCUAAAAGGCUUAUGUGUCUCUUUGGCCAAGUUUUUUGUACUAGUUUUUGAAUAAACAGUGACAAUUAGUUGACUAUAACUUUUGUCCUUAUUGUUUUACAGA